UUCCAUCCAGCCCGGUGUAUUGAUUAUUGAUUCCUGUCCUCUUUCCCCUGCCGCCCCGCCCCGCCUCGCCGCCGUCUAGACCUGCUGGGCGGUCAGGCCGCCUAGACUGGCUCCCGAGGCCUUGUGUCCACUACGCCGGGACUCGGAGGGCAGGCCGGCUGGAGUCGCCCGCCCGCACUCGCUAGGCGACCUUAGCAGCUGUCUGCCCUGCAGGCUGCGACAGUGAUUGGCAGGCGCAGCUGCGGCUCCCGGCGCGCUGCUGGGCAGGCAGAUCCGGCUGAUCCCGGAGGGCGGGGGCUAACUGGGGGCCAGGGGCGGGGGCCGUGCCCGGGAGCCCUGAGCGCCCCAGCCCAGGCGGCGGGACACCCGGAGCCCUAGCUGGCCUGGCGGGAACACUGAGCACGGGACCUGCAGCGACAUGUAUGGAAAUUACUCUCACUUGAUGAAGUUUCCCUCCAGCUUCAGCGGCUCCCCCAGCCACUCAGGCACCAUGUCCCUGAGCCCAUCGACUGCUUUAUCCUCGGGGAAGCCCAUGGAUUGCCACUCAGCCUACAGUGACACCCCAGGGAAUGCCCCACGGACCCUGAGCUCAAUGGGGACCCCCCUCAGUGCCCUGGCCUCUCCUUACCGCAUCAUUACGUCUGCCAUGGGUCCCACCUCCGGGACAUUGGCUGGGAGCCUCCACCUAGGGGCACCACCCAGCUUGCAGCUCAAUGCCGGCAUCUCUGAGGACAUCAAGCCCUUGCCAGGCCUGCCUGGAGUGGGGGGCAUGAGCUACCCAUCAGCCAGCCCUAGCUCUCUGGUCAAGCAUAUCUGUGCCAUCUGUGGGGACAGGUCCUCAGGCAAGCACUAUGGUGUGUACAGCUGUGAGGGCUGCAAGGGCUUUUUUAAGAGAACCAUCCGGAAGGAUCUGGUCUAUACCUGCCGCGACAACAAGGACUGCCUGAUUGACAAACGCCAGCGCAACCGCUGCCAGUACUGCCGCUACCAGAAGUGCCUGGCCAUGGGCAUGCGGCGGGAAGCUGUGCAGGAAGAGCGACAGCGCAGCAGGGAACGGGCAGAGAGUGAGGUGGAGUGUGGUGGUGGUGGCCACGAGGCCAUGCCGGUGGAGAGGAUUCUCGAGGCUGAGCUUGCUGUGGAACCAAAGACAGAAUCCUAUGAUGACAUGAACUUGGAGAACUCGACCAAUGACCCUGUUACCAACAUCUGCCAUGCCGCGGAUAAGCAGCUCUUUACACUGGUUGAGUGGGCCAAACGCAUCCCACACUUCUCAGAUCUCACCCUGGAAGACCAGGUCAUUCUGCUUCGGGCAGGCUGGAACGAGCUGCUCAUCGCCUCCUUCUCUCACCGCUCAGUCUCUGUGCAGGAUGGCAUCCUACUGGCCACAGGGCUGCAUGUGCACCGCAGCAGUGCCCACAGUGCUGGUGUUGGCUCCAUCUUCGACAGGGUUCUCACUGAGCUGGUCUCCAAAAUGAAGGACAUGCAGAUGGACAAGUCGGAGCUGGGCUGCCUGCGGGCUAUCGUGCUGUUCAACCCUGAUGCCAAGGGUCUGUCCAACCCCUCCGAGGUAGAGUGUCUGCGCGAGCAGGUGUAUGCCACCUUGGAGGCAUACACCAAGCACAAGUACCCUGACCAGCCCGGCAGGUUCGCCAAGCUGCUGCUGCGCCUGCCAGCCCUGCGUUCCAUCGGCCUCAAGUGCCUGGAGCACCUGUUCUUCUUCAAGCUCAUAGGGGACACACCCAUCGACACCUUCCUGCUGGAGAUGCUUGAGGCUCCACUGCAGGGCACCUGACCCCCCCCAGGGGGCACCCUGAACCUGGGCCUGGGAUCUGAACUCACCAUUUGGACCCUAGCCCAAACCUGCAGUCUGGACCUGAAAUUUCGGCUGACCAGGGCUGACCUGUGACCUGCCUGGGGUGCUCCACUGCCCAGUUGUCUGAGCCCCCCUCCAUGAGGGGCUUCAGAACUUUCUGGAAGCUCUGGGGAGCCACACCAGCCUCUGGACACAGAUGUGUUCUAAGUUAUUUUUUUUACUUGGCAUGGGCUGCCUGAGAGGAAGAAUAAACCACCUUGUCACUUAAGA